CAGGUAAGAAACUUUAUUUUUCUUUCAUGUUGAUGAGUAAAACUGUACUGCAGUUAAAGUACUGCUACACCGUGACAGUGCUCCUUUACAUGUUAAAGUAUGUGUAAUAUUUAAAAUAGCAGUUUGUUCAUUUAGAGAAAAUAUUUGUGAGCAGCUGCCCGUGCGAGGGCUCAGUCCUCGCUGUGGAAGCCGAGGGUUCGAAUCCGACCUGUGGCUCUUUCCCUGUCUCUGUCUCUCUCCACAAUUCUGUCACUCUUCAGUUGUCUGUCAAAAUAAAGCUUGAAAAAGCCAAAAAAGAAAAAAGUCUUUAAAAAGUUUUAUUGUAAAGAGAUAGCUUACGAGUUUGCCUGUAUUCUUCCUUUGCCUGCGUUCUUUAAAUGUUCUUUUACCGUUGUUUUCUGACGACCUGCGCUUAUACAUCAUUAAAGUAAAUAAAGAUAAUUUAAAGACAAGUCAUGGUAUUUUUAUGAUGUCAUCACACCAGCAGGAUGGAUGUGACAUCACACUGCAGCAGCUCUGACAUCACUGAGGACAGAGCCAAUAAGAAACAAAUCCAAUCAGAAUGCAUCUCCAGCCAACCAACAGCCAAUGGGACACUGCCACAUCACACCACAGAUCCUCUUCCUGCAGAGGAGGCUCCUCCCCCUCCCUCUGAUAGGUCAGAGGACGGCGACAGCGGUGAUGAAUCUUUAACGGACAGCACCUCCAUCGAUGAUGUGUCUCGGUUGCUGCCCACUCAGCCUGCCUCCGCACUGCGAAAUCCGAAAGGUGUGGACAGCUCACCUGUGCAUCCUCCUCCUGUCCUCACUCCUCCUUCUUCAUCCUUCACCUCUCCUCCUCUGUCUCAGUUGUCCACCUGUGACACACACAGCGGCAGCCAACAACAUCAUCAACACAGCACCAAUCAGAAGCGGCUCUCCUCCACUAGAAGCCACGCCUCCUUAAAGACAGAUGCCGCCCACAUUAAGGAGGUCGCUGGGGACGACUGUUGCGUUCACUGUCUCCUGGCCUGUCUGUUCUGCGAGCUGCUGUCCAUGUGCUCGGCCUUGGGGGAGUGUCUUGUGUGUGGAGUGGGCGGGACUGGUUGCUGUGACGCUGCGGUUGGCUGCUGCUGCUGCGUGGAGGUGGCGGGGGAGGCGGCUUGUACGGAGGAGGCAUGUCAGGCCAUGUUGGAUUGUGGGAUACUGGAGGACUGCUGCGGCUCGUCCGACUGUUUGGAGGUCUGUCUGGAGUGCUGCUCCAUUUGCUUCCCUACGUAGAGCGGCCAAUGAGAGCAGGACUACAAGACGAUGUCACUGUCUGGACCCGAACAGCUGAAACUAAAAUCUGCUUCUUUGUUUUUAUAUUUUCAUGUUAUAUUAUGACUGAUAAAAAGUUCUACAGUUACUCUUCACAGUAAUCAGUGUUAAUGACAUCACAGUGACAUCACAGUGACAUCAUGUCAUAUUAUUAGACUUCAGAAAAAAUACAAAAGUAUCAAAAUAGUUGAAGUAACAGAAGUAAAAGUACUCAUUAGGUGUGUGUCACACAGUAACUGUACCUCCUCUCUUGCCGAUGUUUCGCCAUGAUUGACAGUUUGGGGGGGCAGGAAGUGUGUGUUUGUUGAAGCGACAUGCCAGGACGGUCCAAACAGGAAAAAGGAAAUCACUGAAAUGACAAUGCCACCUGACCUCUGACCUCUGGGAGGACUGACAUCAAAGAAAGAGAGACACACCCACACACACAGUUAGUGAUAUGAGAAGAGCCCAGUGCAUCAUGGGAAGUCCUCCGGUCUCAGGAUGGGUCCACAGGAAAGGUCAUGAUGCGUUCAGGGUUAUUACGUGUGUUUGUGACCUGAGCGCCUCCUGCUGGUCAAACUGGAUCUCUGCUGCUUGCAGAUGUUGGCACCUCCCAGUCUGAGGCCACAGUUCAGGAAACAGUUGGGAGUGAGUUACAGCACCAAGCGAAGGAGUUCAAGCAUCUCGGGGUCAGCGGAUUGAUGCAGCUUCUGCAGUACUGUGGACGUUGUUCUGGACCGUUGGACCGCCUGAAGGUGAAGCUCUCGAUGUUCCAUUCCGUCUACGUUCCAACGCUCACCUGUGGUCACAUGAUCACUGACCUGCCAUCUAUCCAGGGACGGACUGGCAAUCUGGCAUACUGUGCAUUUGCCCGGUGGGCCGACGUGCUAUUUGGGCCGACAAGUCCCGAUAUAUAUAUUUAACGAGUAGAUCACACACCCCAAACACACUCUGGGACUCUGGGGCUUAGCGAUGGGCAAUGUGGGCCGCGCAGGAGCUGGGGGGGGGCUGGUCUGGUCUAAAAUGCCAGGGCCGAUUUUUUUGUCCCAGUCCGCCCAUGCAUCUAUCCCAGCAUGUAUGGUGGAUUCACUGUAAUGAGGUCAUGUUAUUAAGUUGCAUCUGUGCUCAUGAUAUAAAUGUUUGUUUGUGUGUAAGCAAAGAGGCUCAGCGUGUUGUCGUUCUUUAAAGUGACUUUAUUAUUUUUUAUUUUAUUUAUUUGGAUAAAAAAAGUUUGAAUUUAUAAAAACAAACAAUGAUUUUAAGAAUAAAAGCUAAAAAAAAAUCUAUAAACUAAAAUGUUUGUAAAUGUCAAAAAUAUAAAAAAACAGAAUUCCCUUUUUCAGCUCAGCUGCUGUUGCCAUAGUAACCACUGUCACAUUGCAUCCAUGACAUCAUCUCAUGUAACAGCUGUGUCACACGGUGACAUCACAGUGACAUCACAGUGACAUCACGGUGAGGGUAGUCAUUUGUAGUAUUUGAAACGUGACGUUGAAACUUUAACGUUAGCGCUGAGAUAAACAGAGCUAACAGCUAGUUAGCUCGUUAGCUAAGCUGAAGCGGCCAUCUUUGUCUGCAUGAGGACUGAGCAGCCAAUGACAUCACACAGAUGAUGAUGUCACAGAUCAGUGAUGAUGCUGCUCAUCAG